CGUUAACACGCAAGGCACUGGUAGGUAGUUAUCAGCACAUUUUUCUUCUCACUCUCUCUAUCAUACUUGCUCCGAAUCCAAUCAUUAAAAAAAAUGGCAUACAAAUCCCUGGACUCAAUUUCCGUCUCCGACAUCGAAGCCCUCGGCAUAUCUUCAACCACCGCCGAGAACCUUUUCAAACAAGUUUCCGAUAUCAUAACCAAUCACGGAGCCGCCACUCCCGAGUCAUGGAACCGUAUCUCAAACAACGUCCUUAAUCCUGACCUUCCAUUCUCUUUUCAUCAGAUGAUGUAUUAUGGCUGCUUCAAAGACUUCGGCCCCGACCCGCCUGCUUGGUUACCCGACUCGGGAAGUGCUGGAUUGACUAAUGUAGGGAAGCUUUUAGAGAAGCGCGGGAAUGAGUUUUUAGGUUCACUAUAUGUGGAUCCUAUUUCGAGUUUUUCUGCUUUUCAAGUAUUUUCGGUUUCAAAUCCUGAGGUUUAUUGGAAAACUGUACUGGAUGAGAUGGAUGUAUCAUUUGCUGUACCUCCUGAGUGUAUUUUACGCGAAGAUAGCCACAUGUUGAAUCCUGGUGGACAGUGGCUUCCUGGAGCUUAUGUGAAUCCUGCAAAGAAUUGUUUGAUGCUCAAUUCUAAAAGAAGUCUGGGUGAUACUGUGAUUAGAUGGCGUGACGAAGGGAAUGAUGAUCUUCCUGUAUGUAGUAUGACACUUGAGGAGUUGCGGAAGGAGGUUUGGUUAGUUGCAUAUGCAUUAGAUACAUUGGGUUUGGCAAAAGGAUCUGCGAUUGCAAUUGAUAUGCCUAUGAAUGUCAAGUCUGUGGUUAUCUACUUAGCCAUUGUUCUGGCCGGAUAUGUUGUUGUGUCUAUUGCUGAUAGCUUUGCUCCUCUUGAGAUAUCAACACGGCUUAAAAUAUCACAAGCAAAAGCUAUUUUUACUCAGGAUCAUAUAAUUCGUGGUGACAAAGUUAUUCCUUUAUACAGUAGAGUUGUGGAUGCUCAAUCUCCCAUGGCAGUUGUUGUUCCAGCAAAAGAUUCUAACUUAAGCAUCAAAUUGCGUGAUGGAGAUAUUUCUUGGCAGGAUUUCCUAAAUAAAGUUGAUAAUCUAAGGGGAAAUGAAUUUUCUGCUGUAGAACAACCAGUCGAAGCAUAUACAAACAUUCUUUUCUCCUCUGGGACUACAGGGGAGCCAAAGGCAAUUCCAUGGACCAAUGCAACUCCUUUCAAAGCUGCAGCAGAUGCAUGGUGCCACAUGGAUAUCCGGAGAGGUGAUAUAGUUUCCUGGCCCACUAACCUUGGGUGGAUGAUGGGACCUUGGCUGGUGUAUGCUUCGCUAUUAAAUGGUGCUUGCAUUGCUUUAUAUAAUGGAUCCCCAAUAGGUUCUGGCUUUGCCAAGUUUGUACAGGAUGCUAAAGUAACAAUGUUGGGAGUGAUACCAAGUAUUGUACGAACAUGGAAAAGUACAAAUUGCACUGCUGGCUAUGAUUGGUCUACUAUUCGCUGCUUUGGCUCCACUGGUGAAGCAUCUAAUGUAGAUGAAUAUUUAUGGUUGAUGGGGAGAGCUUGCUAUAGGCCCAUUAUUGAAUACUGUGGUGGUACAGAGAUUGGCGGUGCAUUUGUUACAGGGUCUUUGUUGCAGUCUCAGUCAUUAGCUGCUUUUAGCACACCAACAAUGGGUUGCAGCUUGUUUAUUCUUGGCAGUGAUGGCUAUCCUAUUCCGCAUAAUGCACCAGGAAUGGGUGAAUUGGCUCUUGGUUCUCUCAUUUUUGGAGCUUCAAGCUCACUGCUGAAUGGUGACCACUAUAAAGUGUACUAUAAAGGAAUGCCAGUUUGGAAAGGGAAGAUUCUUCGAAGGCAUGGGGAUGUUUUCGAGCAUACUUCUAGAGGAUACUAUCAUGCACAUGGUCGUUCAGAUGAUACAAUGAAUCUUGGGGGUAUCAAGGUUAGUUCUGUUGAACUUGAACGCAUUUGUAACGCGGUUGAUAGCACCAUAUUGGAGACAGCUGCAAUUGGAGUACCACCUUCUCAAGGUGGACCGGAGCGUUUGGUUAUAGCUGUUGUAUUCAAGAAUCCAGAUUCAACCACGGAUUUGGAACAGCUGAGGAAGACUUUCAAUUCCGCUGUGCAGAAAAAGCUAAAUCCUUUGUUCAGGGUCUCUCAUGUGGUACCUCUUCCUUCUCUACCGAGGACAGCAACAAACAAGGUGAUGAGGAGGAUUCUGCGGCAGCAGUUUGUUCAACAAGAACAAAAUUCUAAACUAUAGAUCGAUAAUGUAGCACGGAAACAGAAAAUAAAAAAAAUGGGAAAAUAAUAUUUAUUUACAAAGUAGAAUUAUAAAUAUAGAUAGAAAUCCGGUAUAAAAUGUUAAACUGGAACAAGAAGCUGUGCUCAAAAUACAUUAAGCUGAUAGUCUUUCUGAAAUCCUUUUGUUUUUUCUUUAUAAAAUAGUUUCACUUCAUAUACAAUGAUAUUAUGUAUA